GUUUCUACCUUGUUCUGCAGCCGGGGAUACCCUUGUCCCCAGCCCCAUCACUCCCAAACAGUCACAAUUUGCUGGCCAGCCUCCUCGGGCUAUGCCGAGUUUUCCUCUUCUUGAAUAGCGAAUGCUUCCAUUCACAAUCAUGGUAAUGGUGCUUUUCAGGCCGAUGACUUGGCUUCAUCGUACCUAUCCAGCAUAGCGGCAACUCUUGUGACGGAUCUCAGAUCACCGUCGGAAUUCUCCAUUCGGCCCACCCGCCGCCAUGUCGUUGGCUCAGCACGUCACCGCGACCGAGGGUGUCGACCGUGAGGAUGGCGACGCCGACUCCCACAGCAAGCCUCUGUGGCGUACUCUCAGCUAUGAUCCCGUCCCGGCGCCUGACGCACCUUUGGCUCUCCAGUCAGCCGAACCGGCCCAGCACACGGCUGCCUACAAGGUCUCAGCUGUCACAAGAGCAGCCCAAGUUGCCAUUGCAACUGUCGCCUGUGUCCUGGCCGCGGGCAUCGUGUUUGGUUUUGCGUCCUUCAAGCCCAUCAUGAUAGCAGAAGGGGUGUAUAGCGACCUAUGUGACGUGUCUGAGCAGUCGGGCGAGCAUGUGCCGCCGGAGGAUCACGUCCCCUGUGCGAGGCAGGACCUCCGCCUCAACCUCUUCUUCACCUCGGCCUCCAUUACUGCCAACGUGUCGUCUCUGCUCGCUGGAUCAAUUCUGGACCGGUACGGGCGGCGUGUGUGUUACUACAUGUCCGCCGUGCUGCUUGCUGCCGGCUCGACCUUGCUCGCAACCGCUUUCAGGAUCCCCGAGUUCGAUGGCUACAUCGCUGGCAACAUCUUCCUCGCGCUCGGCGGCACGUUUGUGUUCGUCCCGAGCUUCCAGCUCGCCGAUGCGUUCCCGCGAUUCUCCGGGCUCAUCGUGGCCGUCAUCACUGGCGCCUUUGACGCCUCUGCUGCCGUCUUCCUCUUCUACCGACUCGCGUGGGAGGCUUCCGACGGGGCCUUCACCCCGGCAAGAUUCUUUUCCUACUACCUCGUCGUGCCGCUGUUCAUCCUCAUCAGCGAGUGGCUCUUCAUGCCCCGCCACGCAUACCACACCACGUCCGAGCUCGAGUUCAAGAUAGAAAAGAACCAAGACGCGACCCGCGACCUCCACGAGUCCGACCAGGACCUGUCGGACAACGAGCUCACCCGCGUCCGCAGCGCCCGCCGCGAGCGCAGGCAGUCGCGGCUCGACCAGCUCGAGGACCUCGUGGGCGACGCGCAGGAGCGCGAGGACCGCGCCGUCAAGGAGGAGGACCGGCAGGUCGCCAGCGGCGUCUGGGGCGUGCUCCACGGGCUGCCCGCGCACCGGCAGAUGCUCACCCCGUGGUUCCUCUUCAUCCUGCUCCUGACGGUCCUGCAGAUGCUGCGGAUGAACUACUUCAUCGCCACCGUCAGGGCGCAGUACCUGUUCCUGCUGCGGUCGGACGAGCAGGCCGACGCCGUCAAUGACUUUUUCGACAUUGCCCUGCCGCUCGGCGGGAUCGCCACGACGCCGUUCAUCGGGCUGCUGCUCAACCAUUUCAGCAUGGCGUCGGUCACGGCCACUCUGACCGCGUUCAUCUGCGCCAUCGGCAUCCUGAACUGCCUGCCCUACCUCUGGGCCGGAUACGCCACGGUAGUCUUGUUUGUCAUCUUCCGGCCGCUAUACUACUCUGCAGUUUCGGACUACGCCACCAAGGUGUUUGGCUUCGCCACCUUCGGCCGCAUCUACGGCGCCAUCACCUGCCUCUCGGGCCUCUUCAACUUUUCCCAGUCCGCGCUCGACGCGCUCACCCACGGCCCGCUCAACGGGGACCCGACGCCCAUCAACAUCGCCAUGGCGGUCGCCGGGACGCUGUGCGGGAUGCUGCUGACCGGCUGGGUUGUAUUUAAGGGCAGGGAGUUUGAGCGCGAGGUGCAGCAGCAGCAGGGAUCGGCACCGACGCAUGUCGGCGAGCGGCUGGGGCUGAUACGUGAGGACACGGCGGAGUAUGGCACUAUCGGCAUGGCGGGGCGUGGGUGAAUGACGUUUGGAUGGUAGGGAAAGGCCACUAUAUAUGACUGGAAGCUUGGGGCUGGGGUCGUUAUUUGCAUGGAAUGGU